AUGGAGAGAUAUUUCAAGCGAUCUUCGAGUUCAAAAGCAUCAAAUGAUACAGAUGAAAAUAGCAAUAAGGUUGAAGUGCAAAAUGAAAAACGCAUUCGAAUGGAUGUUGAUUUACCAAAAACAAGCAAUGUGGAAAUAAGUGUAGAAAAUCUUCCAUCUGAUCCUGGUCUACGAAUUCCUAUUAAUAAUUUUAAUCAUAACAUUCGAGAUGAAAUUCGGAGAACAUAUUUACAAAAAGGACCAUUUCAACCUCGUAGUCAUGAUUUUUCGAAAAGUAAAUGUGGGAUGAAAGAUAGACGCUUUAAUCCUAGUUGGUUUGACAAAUAUUUUGAUUGGCUAGAGUAUAGCAUAUGUAAAGACAAAGCAUAUUGUCUAUAUUGUUAUCUUUUCAGAACAUCCGGGAGAGGCAAUGAAGAGGAAGAGGCAUUCAAUAAAAAUGGAUUUUCAAAUUGGAAAAAAACAAACAAAUUUGAUCUUCAUGUUGGAAGUCAUAAUAGUACGCAUAAUAAUGCUAGACGAAGUUGUGAAGACCUAAUGAGACAAAGCCAACAUAUUGGAUUUCUUUUCCAAAAACAAUCAGAUCAAGCUACAAUUGCAUAUCGUACCCGCCUCAAUACUUCUGUUGAUUGCAUAAGAUUUCUUUUGAAACAAGGACUAGCUUUUCGAGGACAUGACGAGUCUUCUACAUCCAAAAAUCAGGGUAAUUUUCUAGAAUUAGUGCAGUUUCUAGCAGAACAUAACAAAGACAUAGACGAUGCGGUGCUAAAGAAUGCACCUGAGAAUUUGAAAUUAAUUGCACCCGAUAUUCAUAAGGAUAUUACAAGGGGUUUCGCUAUUGCAAUCACAAAGUUUAUAUCUGAUGAGAUUGGUGAAAAGUUUUAUUCAGUUUUAGUUGAUGAAUCACGUGACACAUCAGGUAAAGAGCAAAUGGCAAUUAUAGUGCGCUUUGUUGACAAUAAAGGUGUGAUUAUAGAACAUUUUCUAGGGAUUUCUCAUGUGCCAGAUACAACAGCGAACAGUCUAAAGAUGGCAACUGAAGAACUCCUUUCAUCAUAUGGUUUGAGCAUUUCUAAAAUAAGGGGUCAAGGUUAUGAUGACGCUAGCAAUAUGAGAGGUGAGUUCAAUGGUUUAAAGGCUCUAUUUCUAAAUAAAAAUACUUCAACACAUUACAUUCAUUGUUUCUCACAUCAGCUUCAAUUAGCAUUGGUGGUAGUUGCAAAAGGUCAUGUUCAUAUUGCUUUAUUUUUUACCUUAAUUUCAAAUGUGAUGAAUAUUGUUGGUGCUUCUUGUAAGCGGCGUGAUCAGGUACGAGAACUACAAUGCGAGAAGACAAUAAAUGCAUUACAAAGUGGAAAACUGUUAACAGGGCGAGGCUUAAAUCAAGAAAUAACCCUUAAGCGUGCAGUGAUUGAUGUUCUGGAAAUUAUUUUGGAGGAUUGUGCAAGCUCAGAACAAAAAGGUGAAGCCUAUGCAUUAUUAGAAUCAUUACAGACAUUUGAAUUCUCCUUUUGCCUUCAUUUGAUGAAAGAGGUACUUGGUAUCACUAAUGAACUAUCGCAAGCUUUGCAGCGAGUAGAACAAGAUAUUAUAAAUGCUAUGUCUUUAGUGCGAAUAUGUAAAAUGAGAUUGCAGGAUAUGAGAGAUAAUAAGUGGGUUGACUUCAUCAACAGUGUAACUUUAUUUUGUGAGCAGCAGAAAAUAAAUGUUCCGCAUAUGGAUGAUAAAUGGGUUGCUCGUGGUCGUCCUCGUCGCAGAGCUCAAGAUAUAACAAAUUUAUAUCAUUUUCGGGUUGACAUUUUCUACACAGUGCUUGAUAUGCAGCUUCAAGAGCUGAACAAUCGUUUUACAGAAGCAAAUACCGAACUGCUUUUGUGUAUUGCAUGUUUGAAUCCUAAUAAUGGUUUUAAUGCAUUCAACAAAGAUAAGUUGAUUAGAAUGGCACAGUUUUAUCCAACUGAUUUUAGUCCUUUUGAUCAGACGAUUCUUCAAAAUCAAUUGGAUACUUAUAUUAUGGAUAUGCGAUCUGAUGAUCAGUUCUCUUCAUUAAAAGAUAUAAGAAGUCUUGCUGAAAAAAUGAUCCAAUGCAGGAAGGAUAUAGUAUAUCCUGUUGUUUUUAGAUUACUUGAACUGGCAUUGGUAUUACCCAUUGCUACAGCAGGCGUCGAAAGAGCAUUUUCUGCCAUGAAUAUCAUAAAAAAUUGGCUGCGAAAUAGGAUUGACGAUCAAUGGAUGAAUGAUUUAUUACUUGCUUAUGUUGAAAAAGAUAUUUUGGAUUCUAUUGAUAAUGAACUUAAUGUUUUUUGGGUCUAUGCUGUUUUUGUCGGGGUUGGCUGGUGGUUGUGCUGCUGGGUUUUUGGAUUUUCCGUUAGCUGUAUUCCGAAUGAGUGCCAGAAAUUUAUCUGUUUUCUUUCUGAUUUGGAGGCUGGUAGUAAUAGCUUAUGGGAUUACAAUUGCUCUUAUGCUGAUUCUUUAAAUGGGAGUGGUUGGACGGUUUGCUUGUAUUCUUGGAGUAUUGGGUAUGAGCUUGUUCAUCUGGAUGGUAGCCAGAAGGGAGCUUCAAGGAUUGCAAGGAAGAUUGAGCUGAUCAGAAUAUUGAAGUUCUUCCUUUUUUGGGUGUUGUAUACUCACAGCCCUAGGUUUUCUUUACGCAUUUCUUGUACUCGUAGUUUUAGGAACCUCCGGCUCUUAGGAAUUUUUGUUUCUUUUUUGCCUGUAGCUCUUAUGAGCAGUAGCGAGCUAGAGGGUCCUUUUAAGGAUCUUGUAACCGAUUUUUGA